UAGAACUUUGAAUCUAUUCUAUCAUCUUCGGCAACUGGGCUCCAAUCUGAACUCUUCAUUCAUCAUUGAACCUUGCUUAACUUGGGAGUGGGACUCUGCCAACACAAGAACCGUGUUUUCCUCAUGGCAAUAGUCAAGAUCCUGGAACAGUGUCAAGUUUCAGCUCCCCAAGGUUCAGUUCCUUCUUCCACUCUUCCUCUUACUUUCUGGGACAUGCCAUGGCUUCAAGUUUGGUGCCCUGUUCAACGUCUCUUCUUCUUCGACUUCCCACAUCCCACCAACCAUUUCCUCCAUACCCUCCUUCCCAUCCUCAAGCACUCUCUCUCACUCUCUCUCCAACACUUCUUCCCCUUCGCCUCCAACCUCGUUCUCCCUCCUGACCCUCUUCAUCUCCAUCCUUACCUCCUCUACCGCGACGGCGACUCUCUCCCCUUCACCGUCGCCGAGUCCUCCGCCGAUUUCUCCGGCCUUGUAUCUGACUCCCCUACAGAUCUUGCUGACUUACACCAUCUCGUUCCCAUGUUGCCCUCACCAUCUACCUUAGAAGACGGCACGCGUUUGAUUCCUCUCAUGACAAUUCAGGUCACGGUUCUAACCAACUCUGGGCUGGCCAUCUGCAUCGCUUUUGCCCACGUAGCCGGGGACGGCAGAGCGUUUCACCAUUUCAUGAAGUUUUGGGCCGCUGUUUGCAGGGCGAGGGGGAAUUUGGGCUCCCUUCCGGCAGGCUCUCCGCCUCUGCCGUGCCAUAGCAGGGAUAUCAUUGAAGAUCCUAAAGGGCUUAAGCUCGUCUACUUGAAGGAGCUGCCGAAGAUAGAGUUGAAAUCCAUGGAAUUUGCACCCUUCGUCAGUGAUGUUUCCUCCGACAAGGUUCGGGCCACGUUUGUAUUGAAGCGGGACCAGGUUGAUCAGAUAAAGAGAUGGGUUUCGAUCAGAUGCAUCGGCGACGGUACAGGGACGACUCAUAUAUCAACCUUUGUGUUGACUUGUUCUUUGAUGUGGGUCUGUAUGAUCAAAUCAGAAGAAUCCCACGAUCAAAGACUUGAUGAACCAUGCAAAUUGAUUUUUCUAGCAGAUUGCAGAAACCAUCCAGACUUCACAAUACCUUCUGCGUACUUUGGAAGUUGCCUGACUAUUCCAAUUGUGGUUCUGGAGAGGGGUCGGUUAGUGGGCGAAAAUGGGUUUGUCGAGGCAGUGAACGCUAUCGAAAGCCGAGUGAGAGAAAGAAAGAGUGACCCUUUAACAGGAGCAGAAAAAAUCAUGUCAGACUUGAGAAAUCUUUCCAAGUCUGAGCAACCUGCGUUGACAAUUGCAGGCUCCCCGAGAUUGGGAGCGUACGAGACCGAUUUUGGGUGGGGGAAGCCCAGGAAGAGUGAAGUUGUUCAUAUUGAAUUCUUUGGAUGCAUUUCUCUACCUGAUAGUAGGCAGAGUGAGGUUGCAAUUGAAAUUGGGGUCGCACUUAGAAGGACUCGAAUGAGUAGUUUCGCAGACAAUUUGGAAAAGCAGCUUAGAAAUAUUAAUUAAUGUAGCUUGUGACUGAACCAUUCAAUUUGAUUGGACAUCGAUACGCUUCAUCUGUCUUUUCAAGUUCAACCAUUACGAUAAGGCAGAAGCAUCCAUCAGAUCGAAAUAAUGGGAGGGCCUAAGUGGUACCGUUGUCCGUUGGUCAGACAGCGAACCUCUUAUGGCUUUAUUGUACUAUGUUUGUUUUAAACAGUUUAACUAGCGAAUAAAUCUGUACAACCAUUCCACGUAGUCCAAGUAUGUUGUUUUCUUGACGUGGUUCAAUCCCCGGGGGGAUGACAUGUGCUUGCUUUGUUUUUUCUUGCUUUGUUUUUUUUUUUUUA